GUGACAUUGAAUAAGUGACUCCGCUUCGCCCUUGACCUAGGACAGCAGAGAGAGGCAGACGCUUCCCUCAGCAGAAUGAGCGGAGCUUCUUGCUAAUUCCUUCCUUCUCCUACUCAGAAUCUUCCCAUGUGUCUCUCUGUAAAAGAUAGGAAAGCUCCUGUAAUUUCCUAUCACUGACUAUGUUAUGAAUAUAUGAAAAAAAUAUUAAGUGCCUUGUUGAGUCAGUUCUGCCUCCAGUUAUUAGUGAAUCAGGAAGGUCACAGUUACAACAACACAGUUGUUGAUGAUCUCAUUAGCGGAAAAUGUUACUUUGUCGAUAAUUAUUUGAAUGCAUUGGUGUUAUUAUUUGAUGACUAUUAUGCUGAAUUAAUCUUUGUAAUGAGAAGGCUCUGACAUCUUAUUUAAUCCUCUGACAUGUUUUAUUUUGUUCUCUGGGUUUCUUGGUACAGGUAUGAAAUGGUUUAUCUAGAUUUUAAAUAAUUUGAUAUUUACAACUGUCCAGGGUAUACAUGUAAGCACAGCAAAUUUUAUUAAAUGUGGAGAUCCAGGUAAAUAUCAGAGGAUAAAAUAAAUUCUAUUUCUAAGCAUUUUGAUAACACACCUGAAUUAUAGUUGCCUCCCCAAUUCUAUUUUCAAGGAAGAAGGUACAAUAGUGUUGUUUUGAAACCCUAAAGAUACAGCUGUUUCAUUUUUCCAUUUCCAUAACAAUGUGCCAAGUGUCCCCAGUUACAGCUCCAGGGAUGAGUUUAUUUCAGGAUUCAUGACAGAUCUUCAGCUGGGAUCCUGUUUUGAUCCUGCAGUCACCUGGAACAAACACGUUGGAGAUAAGAGUUCUGUGAUCAUAAUAUAUGAAGACCUGAAAGAGAACCUGGCUGCCGGUGUAAAGCAGAUAGCUGCAUUCUUUGGAUUCUCACCAACAGCUGAGCAGAUCCAGGCCAUUGCAGGAAGGCACACUUUUCAGCCAGUGAGUGUUAAAGCUCAGGAGACUCAUGGUGCUGUUGGCUUGAUUCUUUUCCAUAAUGGUGUUUUUGGAGACUGGAAGAAUGUUUUCACUGAAGCUCAGAACCAGAAAUUGGCUACCAAAUUCACCGUGCACUUAGAAGUAGCUAAGUUGGGAGUGAGGUUUAAAUAUGAUGUGUAUUGCAAGGCCUGAAUAUCCUUUGCAGAAAAAAAAACAGUAAUGUUCAGGCUGUUUUUCAUUCACUCCUAUGAAAUAAGACAGAAAUCAGGACAACAUCCAGUUUAAAAAUUUUGAAUAUCUGUGCAUUUUGCAAAACUGUUUCUGCUGUUAUUAAUUAUUAAUUAACUGUUAUU